AUGUCGUGUCAAAGCACAGCUGCUGUCCUCUUCUUUAUCCUACUCUUCUGCACACUGAGGGUCACUUUUACCUUCAAAGUGCUCUUCACCUCCUCUCAGAAACACCAACAGAUCACAACAAAUGCGAUUUUACAGAAAACAGCUGAAGUCUGCAUGGAGCAGGCUCAACGCACAGGAAAAGACUUUACUAAGCCUGAUUCUCUGACAGUUGAUUCACUGGCAGAAGCUUGCUUCGCCUCCAAAUCAAAGAAAGGUUUCCAGAGGGCCAUCAACGAAAUCAAGGAUUCAAAUGCCCGGGUGGAUCUCUGGAAAGUGCUCAGUGCUGAAUAUCACUUUGACAAUGAGAUGUUUUUAGAGGGGCAAGGGCUUAUCAGAAAAGGUCUUGAAAUCGUCAAGGCCAACAUUCGUCAAAUGAGGCUUGAGGCGGCGAGACGGAAACUGGGUGAAAUUCUACACACACUACAGGACUUCUACAGCCACAGUAACUGGAUAGAACUGGGGAACCUAUUGCCAUACACAGAUCUCAUCAGACCAUACCACAAAAUUGAAAACAUUGCAGACAGCAAAACUUCAACAUGCACAAGCUGCAAUGGGAGCAACUGUGAUAACAACAUCUUGGAAAGCAUUAUCAGAGAGAAGAAGCUGACCUCUGGAUAUUUCUUCACUCUCUCCAAGCCACAAGGAAAAUGCAGCCAUGGAGACUUUGGAGACGUAUCAACCUUAAUACCACCUUCUGGAGGGAUAAACAAGGACACAAAUGGAUCCAGCCAUGGGAGGCUGCACCCACAGGCUGCAGACAUGGCCAUUACUGCCACUAGAGAACUGUUGGAAGACAUCAGGAGAGCAGCAGGGGACACUGACUUCCUAAGAUUUAUGGGGAUAAAUCAGUCUUCUUCCGUUCUCUGUUUCGUCAUUGACACCACGGGCAGCAUGGGCGAUGACAUUGAUGAGGUGAAACGUGUCACUUCAUUCAUAAUUGACAGCAAAAGAGGCACCACUGAUGAGCCAUCUGCCUACAUCCUUGUUCCAUUUAAUGACCCAAGUUUUGGGCCACUGAUGAGAACAAGCAACCCUGAUGAGUUUAAAGUACAGGUCAAUGGUCUUUCUGCAACUGGAGGUGGAGAUUUACCAGAAAUGUGUCUCUCGGGACUUCAGCUGGCCCUCACAGGUGCACCUCCAGAAUCUGAGAUUUUCGUUUUCACUGAUGCUGGUGCAAAAGACAUAGAACUGAAAAGCACAACUGAGGCAUUGAUCAAGACCACACAGUCAAAGGUAAACUUUCUGGUGACAACUUUUGCUCGCCGGCGACGGAGCACUAGUGGAGACCAACAGCAAAGCCGGGGCUUCACCACUCGUCUGGACAGCCCAUUCGACCAGCUUUAUCGAGACUUGUCAGAGGCCUCAGGUGGGCAAACUAUCAGGGUUGCCAAAUAUAUGCUACCAAAAGCCACCAGCAUCAUUGUGGAUGCAUCCAGCUCUGAACUGGUAACUCUUCUCCAGGCUGUCAGGAACCCAGGAAAAGCAGAGAACUUCUUUGUCCUAGUGGACUCAUCUGUGAAAAACCUUACCAUCUAUAUUACAGGCAACUCUCCAUCUUUCCUUGUCACAAGCCCCUCAGGAGAAUCCCAGAGUAAUACAGAAUCAAAUGGGACCUUGGGGGAGAUUCAGAGAGUGGGGAAUUUCUAUACAGUGAGACUGAGUAACCACAACCAAACGGGGCUUUGGCAAAUCAGCGUCAACUCAGCACAACCCUACACCAUUAAAGUCAUAGGUCAAAGUGCAAUUGACUUUCUGUUUAACUUUGUAAAGAUUAGCGAGGGAAGUCACGCAGCAUAUGAAGUUUUGGACAGUCAGCCUCAUGCAAGUGGUAAUGCUACACUACUAGUGACAGUGACUGGGGGAGACUCUGUGAAUGUGACAGAGGUGGCACUGGUUGAGGCAUCAGGUUCUGGGGUUGUUAAUGGCACCUUGGAAGAUUUGGGAAGUGGGGACUAUCUUGUGACAGUGACCACAGUUCCAACUGAAAAGUUUUUUGUUCGUGUGAGAGGAGAGAGCGCCAUUUCCGGGUCCACACUCAACAACUUCCAAAGACAAUCCACAACCCAAUUCAGAGCUUCUAAUGUCUCCAUCACUACCCAGGUGAAUGGCACAUGGGAGCCUGGGACAGCUCUGAGUGUGGGCUUCACUGUGUCCACCAGUGGCUCAGGAGACACAUUGACAAUUCGUGCUAGGAACGACAGAGGGUUCGCUAUCACUCUCCCUGAGUCACUGACCCUUGACAGUGCGGGCAGCGCCAAUGGCACAGUCACCCUCACUGCUCCUUCAGACACUCCCUCUGGCACUGAUGUCACACUGACCAUUGAGGUCGACGCUCCUGGGGCCUCUGACUCAAACUUUGCCGUGCUACGCCUUUCUGUUGUGGCUAGGGUAACAGAUGUCACACCCCCAGUGUGUGAGAUUGUGAACGUAAAUGCUGACUGCUCUGGUGAUUGCAGACUGUCAACAUGGGAGCUUUCUGCCAACCUGACAGAUGGAAACGGAACAGGAAUCCAGAGCUUAAUGGUCCAACAAGGCACUGGAAUCCUCACUACCACCAGUGUCAUUGAAGGAGGUGUGAUGGUGAUGCUUGCAUCAUAUGUCGCAUCUUGCUGUUCGGAGGAUGUCGAACUCGUCGCCGUGGAUGAGGUGGGCAAUGUUGGCACAUGCUUUAGAUCCAUCAGAGCCACUGUUUCACCAAGUACCAGUGCUCCAUCUCCCCACAGCAUCACCACAACAAAGCCAACCAGCACUGCCACUGCUUCCACUGGGGGACAUCCUGCACUCCUUUCUCUGUGUCUCUGGUUCAGCGUAGAGCUCUUUCUCAAACAAAUCAUACAUUUCUAA